CGCCAAAAGAUUCUUGUCGUGCGUAAUAAUUACAGGUCUGUGGUGGCGUAAAUGUGACAUAAAAAAAUUAACAUUUGUUUACAAAAAAAAAACAAAAUACAAAUAAAACAUGUCCUUUUAGUUUUAAAUAAAAUUCUUGUGUAAACUAAUCUUCAGAAUAUUAAGGUUUAAUAAUUUGAGCGUUUGCAGGAUACCGUCAUUGAAAAUGGACGGUUCUCCUUUCGAACACAGUGACUCGGAGUCUGGGGAUAGCUGGACGUUACUGGAGCAUAGCCCUUCGCCCGGGGAUGAUGCUCCAGAUUUUGCCGAACACCCUUCUGAGAGCAGAACAGAGAACCAUGAAAAAGAUGAAGACACAGAUGGGAUAUCUAUCAUUAGCGACAGUGAUCCUGAGUCGCCGUCCCCUUGCCAACUGAACGAACACUACUUGCCUGAUGAUAACCGUCCAACAGAACAUGAAAUUACUCAGUGCAUUUCUGCUGACCAACCUCUGAUAAUUACCAAGGCCCACCAUGAAUCAGUAGAAGAGGAUGACUUGCUUCUUGUUGACAAUAUAAAACAUAGGACCUAUGUGCACCGGCGAAAUAAAAGGUUGAGCACUGUUCUUAACAUUAUCGUCUUAGGAAGUGUUAUCACAGCGGCGGGCGUGGCCAUCGGACACAUGUGGGGUGCCAAGACGGACUGCUCUAUGCACACUACACCGACUGUAAAUAAAAUCUUAUCCAAUCUAUACAAACUACAGGAAGAGAAUGCAUACUUACGAAGUAAAUUGAAAGAGUUGACUGCAUCCAAUAAUUAUCAACUGAAUCUACAAAAAGCUAAUUCUAAACAAAACAGAUGUAGGAAAAUGUUUGAAGAGUCAUUAAAUAAUGAUAACAUUGAUAAACUUACUAAAUGUCUUGAUGAUAAAUUUGAUGAUGCUGAAAAAUUGUUAAACAGUCACCUGGUUGAUCCUUCGUAUGAAAAAGAGUUUAUAUCUGACAUGGAUAAAUUAAAAAAUGUAUAUCUUCAAAAUAAAAGUUGGUUGGAUGAUGAAAUUAAUCAAAGGCUUAAGCAAGAAGAAGAAUCAUUGAAGAGAUUGAAGAAUAAACAUUUUUCAAAACUCCACAAAAUAAAUGAAGAAAAGAACAUAAACAUAAUAAAUGAACAAGAGAUAUUCGAAAAACCUUUGGAGGAUUCAGAAGUACAACAUGAAUCUAUCAAUGAAUUUAAUGAUGGUUCUGAUAGAAUAAUAAGUUAUGCUGACUCGCUAAAAUCCACUGACAAAAUGAAAAAGAUGGUUGAUAAUGAAAAUAACAAAACAUAUGAAAUAGACAACAAAGAAAUUAAUAAUAACAAGAAACUUAAAGGCGAUUUUGGACCUAGAUUUGAUCGUUCUGUUAGUGAAGAAGAAUUCAAAAAGGACAACAGAUACAAAAGCCAAAAAUUCAAACCAGAAAAAAAGAAAUAUGACCGACAGAAAUCCCAUAAAAAGCAAAAGAGGAAGAAUAAAUAUGAACAGUGGGAAAUGAAAGGAGGUUUUAUGAAGGACUAUGAUGAAAUUUCAUCAGCGUCACUACAGGAAGCCGAAAGCGUUACUAAAAAUGAUAAUUAUAAAUACAAUAUUGAGGAAAACAUUACUGAUCUUAAAGAUAACACUAAAGUCGAUAAAAAUACUGAUACGAUAGAUGUGACGGUUGAAAAUUAUAGCACAAAACGUGAUAAGGCUCUCAAAAGAGGUAACAGUAAUGAGGUUCACGAUAGCAGCUGGUUCGAUAAAAGAGCCGCACUUCGCACGGAAGCUAGGAAAAGGCUUGAGUACGAGCUGUUUGGUGAAAGCCCCAAUACCGCUGGAUGGUAUUUCCGACGCAUGCACAAGCGAGAGCAGUGCCGCGCCAAAGCCGAUAACAGUACUUAUCGGAAAUUAUUGAAGCGCAAUAUGAAUUUCAAAAUGAAACACUAAAUUAAUAUGAUCCUGAAAUGUUUGAGUAGCAUAUCUAAGUACAUUUGAUACGACAAAUGAUCAUAAAAGCAACAUAAUUGUUAAAAUUUCAUACUAUUACUUCAUCAUCUAAAUGAUUAUUUCUUUUAACAAAAUGUUCGAUACCUAUGAUAACAUCUUUAUAAUUCUACUUUAAUUUAUAGACAUUCUACUUUUAUUGAUCUUAUUUAUGGCUUUACAUUUUCAUUAGUUUUUAGUUAUAUGUAAGUAGGUAUUUUCUAGGUUUUUUUACUUGACAGACCUAUCCAUUUAAUAUUUGACUUCGCCAUUUAGAUAAAUAUUAGUUGAUUUAACUUUAUAUGAAUUUGCCAAUGAAUGUAGAAUUAUUUUAAUUACACUGAACAAAGAACACUGAACACCUAAUAAUAAUUCUACAGACUUUAACAAAUUCACGUAAUAUUAAAUGUUUAUAUACCUACAUAUAAUUUUAAUGUAAUAAUUGUUAGGAAUAAAAAAUAUUAAAUAUAGAGACUAAGGUAUAGUUGGCAAGACAGGUGGUUAAAGUUACGCUACAAUUACCGUUAACUUAACUUACUUAUUUUUUUUUUAAUUUUGGGCCAUUUUUAUUUGUACCCAAUCAUGAAGGUGCAUAUACUCACUUGUGCAAUCCACUUUGUUUUAUUGGUGGUCAAAGUUUAAAACUAACCGUAACGUAACUUUAACGGCCUGUACUGAGAUUAAAACAAAUUAUAAUGUAUGCAUACUUUAAUUAAUACUUGAUAGUAUUCACUAUUAAAUUAUUUUUACACUUGCUCUUACGGAUUCUUGCAUCCAGUGAUAUUUUAGUUAAGUAUACAAAAUUGUAAGUAUAAAUAAAUGGAUU